GGGUCGGUGGGUCCCGAGGCUCUGCAGGACCUCACUAGCGGCUUCUCUCUCUUGCCUGCAGCUCUGUCGAAGAUGCACUGGACACCGGAACACGCCCAGCCCCUCAACCAGUGGCCAGAGCAGCACCUGGACGUUUCCUCCACCACCCCGUCGCCGGCCCACAAGUUGGAGUUGCCCCCUGGGGGUCGCCAGCGCUGCCACUAUGCUUGGGCACACGACGACAUCUCUGCCCUCACUGCCUCCAACCUCCUCAAGCGCUACGCAGAGAAGUACUCAGGGGUCCUGGACUCGCCCUACGAGCGCCCCGCCCUGGGCGGCUACGGCGACGCCGCCUUCCUCAAUGGCGCCAAGGGGGACCCCGAGCCCUGGCCAGGGCCGGAGCCGCCCUACCCCUUGGCCUCACUCCACGAGGGCCUCCCGGGAACCAAGGCGGGCAGCGGGGGCGGCUCCGGGGGCCUCGGGGGCUCCCCGAGCGGGCUGUCACUGAAGCGCAAGGCCGCCGACGAGGGCGCCGAGGGCCGCUACCGCAAGUACGUCUACGAGCCCACCAAGGCCCCGGCAGCCGACGGCGCCUCCUACCCCGCGGCGGACAACGGCGAGUGUCGGGGCAACGGGUUCCGGGCGAAGCCGCCCGGCGCCGCGGAGGAGGCGUCGGGCAAGUACGGGGGCGGCGUCCCCCUCAAGGUGCUGGGUUCCCCCGUCUACGGCCCGCCGCUCGAGCCCUUUGAGAAGUUCCCGGAGCGCGCCCCGGCGCCGGCUACCCGCGGGGGCUUCGCGCUGCCGUCGGGGGAGCCGCCCAAAGGCGUGGACCCGGGCGCCCUGGAGCUGGCGACAGGCAAGCUGCUGGAGUGCGGGCCCCCGGUGCAGUGGGCGGACGUGGCAGGCCAGGGCGCGCUCAAGGCGGCGCUGGAGGAGGAGCUGGUGUGGCCCCUGCUGAGGCCGCCCGCCUACCCGGGCAGCCCACGCCCGCCGCGGACCUUGCUGCUCUUCGGGCUCUGCCCUCUUGCCACUCUGAUGGAGGGGGCCGACGGCGUGCUGGUCGUGGGCACCACGUCGCGGCCCGCGGCUCUGGACGAGGCCACCCGCCGGCGCUUCGCUCUCCGCUUCUAUGUGGCGCUGCCCGACGGUGCGGCCCGCGGGCAGAUCCUGCAGCGGGCGCUGGCCCAGCAGGGCUGCGCGCUAAGCGAGCGGGAGUUGGCGGCCCUGGUGCAGGGCACGCAGGGCUUCUCCGGGGGCGAGCUGGGCCAGCUGUGCCAGCAGGCGGCGGCAGGGGCGGGCCUCCCGGGCCUGCAGCGCCCCCUCUCCUACAAGGACUUGGAGGCGGCGCUGGCCAAGGUGGGCCCUAGGGCCUCCCCCAAGGACCUGGACUCGUUCGUGGAGUGGGACAAAAUGUACGGCUCCGGCCACUGACGGCGCGC